UACGGGUCGGCGCACGCGGCCGCGGUCCGGUUGACUUUGCGGAGCCAUGGAGGGCGGCUUCGGCUCGGACUUCGCGGGCUCCGGCGGCGGCAAGCUGGACCCGGGGCUCAUCAUGGAGCAGGUGAAGGUGCAGAUCGCCGUGGCCAACGCGCAGGAGCUGCUGCAGAGGAUGACUGACAAGUGCUUCCGGAAGUGCAUCGGGAAGCCGGGGGGCUCCCUGGACAAUUCGGAGCAGAAGUGCAUCGCCAUGUGCAUGGACCGCUACAUGGACGCCUGGAACACCGUGUCCCGCGCCUACAACUCGCGGCUGCAGCGGGAGCGAGCCAACAUGUGACCGGGCCGCCCACAGGCGCCCCCUCCCCGUCUGUUUUCAUAAAUGCCCUUUGCUGGGCGGGGCCAGCGUGUGCGGACUGCCUACCCGUGGUUUAUGAGGUUUCCGAGGACGAUACCCGUGCUGGGACGCUGGGGACUCUGCCCCCUCCGCCGCCCACCCCCACCUGCCAGCGCGCGCAGCUCGGGUCUCCGGGGGGCCUUGGGACUUCCCAAAGUGCUGGCACCGCUCCUAGUGUGCCCAGGUCAACCUCGUGCCCGCACACAGAAUCCGUGUUGGGACCCGGGAGGGCGUGAUCAGACCCCACCUGAGCUGUGACCUCCCGGGGCUGACAAAUAAAUUGCCGAGGGGGGCGGAGAGCA